CCCACUACACUGCAGACGAUCGACGUCUUUGUAUGGUUUAUCCGUCUAUACCUCGAAUCGAAGCAGACGCUCUUGAGACGCCAAAAGAGAGAGACGUGACCAUGGUGUGGGGUUUUGUGACCUGCGGGCCUAACGAGGCCUUGGUCAUUUCAGGAUGUUGUUACCAAGGAAAACCUCUGACGGUAGUGGGAGGACGUGGAUUUGUAUGGCCAUGUAUACAAAUGAUGCAAAGGAUCUCCCUCAACGUCAUGACACUUAACGUUGAGUCGCCGAGGGUCUACACUGCACAGGGCGUCCCCAUCUCUGUCACUGGAAUUGCUCAGGUGAAGGUUCAAGGUCAGUAUGAGGAGAUGCUGCUAGCGGCCUGUGAGCAGUUUCUUGGAAAGAGUGAGGCAGAGAUCCAGCAGGUUGCGCUUGAAACCCUGGAGGGACAUCAGCGUGCCAUCAUGGGUUCCAUGUCUGUUGGGGAGAUCUACAAGGACCGCAAGAAGUUCAACCAGAACGUCUUCGAGGUGGCAUCCAGCGACCUGAUCAACAUGGGGAUCACUGUCCUCUCCUACACCCUGAAGGACAUUCAUGAUGAUGAGGGCUACUUAGAUGCUCUGGGUAUGGCAAGAACGGCUGAGGUGAAGAGAGAUGCCCGCAUCGGAGAGGCUGAGGCUCAGAAGGACUCCCAGAUCAAAGAGGCCAUUGCUGAGGAGGAGCGCAUGGCUGCCAAGUACAUCAAUGACACAGAGAUUGCUAAGGCCCAAAGAGACUUCGAGCUCAAAAAGGCCACUUAUGACAUGGAGGUCCAGGCCAAGAAAGCAGAGGCUGAACUGGCCUACGAGCUCCAGGCUGCAAAGACCCGGCAAAAGAUUAAGGAGGAGCAGAUGCAGAUCAAGGUUGUGGAGCGAGCCCAGGAGAUUCUCAUUCAGGAUCAGGAAAUUCAGCGUCGUGAGAAGGAGCUCGAGGCUACUGUUAAGCAGCCAGCUGAUGCAGAGAAGUUCAAGCUGGAGAAGCUGGCUGAAGCUGGUCGUAACAAGACCAUGCUGGAAGCUGAAGCUGAAGCCGAAGCCAUCCGUGUAAAGGGUGAGGCUGAAGCCUUCGCUGUUGAAGCCAAGGCCAGAGCUGAGGCUGCCACUAUGCAGGCCAAGGCUGAGGCACAGAAGGAGUACAAGGAGGCUGCCAUGCUGGACAUGUACCUGGAUACCAUGCCCAAGGUGGCUGCUGAAGUCGCAGCUCCUCUGUCUCAAGCAAAGAAGCUGACGAUGGUAAGCAGUGGCAAUUCGGAGGUGGGAGCUGCCAAGCUGACUGGAGAAGUGAUGGAGAUCAUCACCCGCGUCCCAGGAAUGGUCAAGAACAUGACUGGUGUGGAUGUGACCAAGAGUAUCCGUGCCGUUUAAGAAGUGAUCCAAGCGCAUCAUCACUGCAAGGAAGGAUCUCGGGGAGCAGCAGGUGCCGCCCAAGAAGCAUUUUGUGUUUUGGUGUCUCAGAGCAGGAUUGCAGCUUCUUUUUCCCUUUAGAUGUGCAAUCAUUUGUGUCAUGAGGACUUGCCGAAGAGGAAAGAGGAGGAGAAUGUACUUUCUUCCCUCUCACUGGAUCUUUUCUUUUUUUAUUUUUCAUUUUUAUUCUCCGUUCCAUUUAUCAAAACAAAACAAUGGUACAGCUGUGUCUAAACUAAAAGGUGCAUAAUUUGUUGUGUUAGAUGUUGGUAUGCCUUGAUAAGAUGAAUGUUCAGGUCAGGUCCACUUCUAAAAGUCUUGCAUGUGCUUAUGUGGAGAGUACAAGAAAAUGAUGUGAAACUUUGCGCUGCGCUUACUGCGUAAUUCUGGAUUACUGUUGCUGGGGCCUUAACAAACCUUUUCAGACUCACAAAUUUAUAUAGAUGUAACACAUAUAAACGUGCUCCUUAUAUUUAUGUCUUGUGUGAUUCACACUCCAUAGACAGGUGACUCUUUUCUCCCCUCCCCUUUCAGCUCUUACAAAAAGGAUGCCUUGUAAUAUAGAUUUUAUCUUUUCACAUAGGCAUUUUACUCAAGAAGGAUGGUUCACUAGGAAUCCAGUAUUUUUAGACGAACUUGUGUAUUCUCUAUCCAAACUCAUAAAUUUAAGAAGAGUACAUGAACAAAAGUAAGCAGAAAAAAAGAAAUCAGGUAUAUGUGCAAUGCUCUUGACUGACUGAUUUUGUAUCUCUAGAUAUAUACAUAUAUAUAUACAUACAUAUAUAUUUCAACAUCUCAGUUAUUCUUUAGGCAACUUUAAAGGCCAAAGCACCAAAAGUGAAAUCACACGAAUUGGUGUCUAAAGGUUGACAGUUACUUUUAAGGAGCUUAUUUUUCCCACUUGCGUAUUUAGCAGAUAGUUUUAAGGUUCUGGACAUAGCUUUCACAAAGAAAAUUGCAUAUACCUCAGAGAUUUUUUUAUAAUCUUUGUAUAGGUCACAUGCGACAUACUCUGUACGAUAUUUUUACCAACUUUUUUUUUCUCUCUUCAGAGAGGACACACUUUUUUUUUUUCUCUCUUUUCAGAGAGGACACACUUUUCACUGCCACUUACUUUUCUUAGAUAUUAUCUUUGGUAUUAUCAUUGUUUGCCUUUUACAUAUUAAAGCAUUUCUUCUAGAUAUUGUAGAAGCACUCAUAAAGAUGUAUUUUGGCAAGCAACUUCUGUAUAGGGAAAUUAAUUUGGUUGUUAGGAAAUAUUGAUUGCAAACUUUUUAAAGGAUUUUUGUUUAUAAAUCAACUUGAGAACAUUUUUGAUUAUUGAUUUUUGUAUAGUUUACCCAGGUGAAUGUUUUUUGUUCAUACUGAUAAAGAUAAUCUUACUACAGGAUGCAUGCCAAAAUAUCCUGUCUGUUUCAGUUGAUUUGGAAAUAGAUAUAUAUUUGCAGUUGAAAGACAGUUUUUUUUUCAUUAACCAUGGAGGUACAUGUUAUUUAAGUUCACAAUUUAUUUGAAAUCACUGGCAAAUGAAGUUUUAUCUGUGAGUGGAAGUGUUUUGAAUUUUCCUGAGUUUGUAAGUAAGUGUGGAAGUAUGAUAAGUUUGUAAAUGUUUAACUUAAAUUAAUAUUAGGUUGGAUGAAGCUAGAACCUCAAAUAUUAUGUAAUAAGUUUAGUAUGGCAUUGAAAUUGCAUAAAAAACUUAUUUUGAUUUUGGUGCACAAAUGAUAAAGAUCUUUAUGUCACAAUUUAUAAAACAAAUUACCCCAAUAAUUUCUAUGUAAACACAUGAAUAUGCGUGCACAGAACAUUAUUUUUACAAACAUUGCAUUAGCAUUUGAUGUGUAAUUUGAUUAAUUUGGUUAUUGUUAUCUUUAUUAUCAUAGUUCUACUUGCAUGUUGCCAUUUCUCAUAGACUUUUAUUCAAGUAAUAUAAAUUUUAUCAUGCAUUUAUUAUCUAUAGUUGUAACAGGAAUAUUGGGUUCACAUGUCCAGAUCAUCUCAUUACCUAUGAAGGCAGUUUUACCAUUUUUUUUGUUUGAAUUCUUCCUGUUAUAUAUUCCAUAGUUUGCAUUUAGUGAAAUGUUCAAUGAACUGAAUUUGCUGUAAUUUGAAGUAAAGUGCCCAUUCUUAUUUUUUUAACAUCAUAGAAUGAGAUUUAACAUUGUUGUAUUUCUCUUGGCAUCCUCAUAGGUUAUAACAAGUCAUGCAGAUAUUGUCUUGAUCAGUCCUUGUAGAUGUUAAGUUUUAAUUGCAGUUUUCAAAAAAAAAAGACAGCAAAUGGUGCUGUGCAAAAUAUGAAUGAAUAUAUUGCUAUGCAGAGAGUAUAGACACUUCUGUUGAAUGUUGCAUGCCGGAAAUACAUCGUAAUGUCCAGUCAUCUCAUAAUCUAUAGGUCAUUUUGUAUUUUCUAUGUGGGCAAAUACAAGUGAAUAUCCAGGUGGAUAGGGGAAUGUUUGAUAGGAAAAAAGAAAAAUAAUGUAUAACGUGUAUGUUAGCAAUAGAAAUGUAGAUAAAAAGAAAAUUUCUCUUAUGUCAUUUACUACAUCGGUUGUCAACCUCUAAUCUACUGUUUCUCUCACUGCCUGGGUUUCGUAAAGGAGACCGAUAUGGUGGAUGUCAAGAUUAAAGCAGAGAUAUUUAGAAAUUAGGAAGAGUGAUCUUCGGGUCGCUUGCUUUUCCUGUCACUCCUCUGCAGAAAUUCAGGCACUUGAGUUUUCAAUCGCCCUCUGAUGUUUUAUCAAGAUUUUUAACUUCAAACUAUUCUCCUGUCUUCUGAUGCUUCAAAUGCAGUAUUGUAAGACACCAUU